UGCUAAAGUAUCGGUGCUACGUUCACGUUCCGCUCGUAUGUUUACGUUCCCAGUGUGAACCGGGAAGCGGAAAGUGGCCGGACGAUCGUCGGGUAGACGAUUACGGUCCGCUCUUGGCCCGAUACGAUCGUCAGGCGGGAAGUUGAAAAAAUCCAACUUUUUGAACGUAGCGGAACGUUUCAGCAAGUGUGUGACUGGUCUCAACAGACAACAAGCCAGCAGUGAUUGGGGCAAAGUUACAAGAUGGCACUGUGGACAGAGGCCCUAGAAGAGCGUCUGGUUAACCUGGUGCAGGAUUAUCCGUGGCUGUACGCUGUGAACAGUAGAGGGUUUAGAGACAAACACAAGAAAACGAACUCAUGGCGAGAAAUCGCAACUUCUCUGCCUGACGGCAUAGAUGCUGACGCCGCCCACAAAAAGUGGGACGCACUGCGCGACAAGUAUCGGCGGCUGCGUCAGAAGGACGCCAUGCUACCGCCCAGUGGAUCCAGUUUCCGGGAGGCGGAGAGUCAGCGGCCCGACUGGGCUCUCUUCACUGUGCUGCACAGCUUCCUACAGCCCCACACCAACCAUCGCCGACGUGGAGGUGACAGUUUCAACGUGGAAUCAGCAGUCGCGGAGAAUGGAAACGCUGCAACAGUGCUGAUGGAAGAUGUUGGGGAACAAAGUCAGUCCCAGGUGGUGCUGGAUGGCAUCGACGCGUCUCAACUGGACGUUGUAUUCGAGGACAGCCAGGCAUCAAACAGCCAGGCAUCAAACGCUUCCUCUCCAGCCGAUGCCGAAGUAACUGCUGCCGUCGGGAACGGCCAGCCCGGGACUGUGGCUGCAAACAGAAGCGCCGCCGCUACAGAAGCGGCGGCACGUCCCGAGCCGGACCGGCGGCCUGUCGGCAGUCAGCCCGCGACGCUGGAGCGGCCGCCGGCUAGGCCGCAGCAGCGCUCACCAACUCCGGGACCGAGUGGUGCGCCGGACGUCCGUCGGCCGGGGCCGAGCCUGGCCACCCCGCGGCGGCCUCAGCCGUCGAAGAGGACGCCUGCUGUCGCAGGAGCCAGCCAGCAGUCCUGGCAAAGAGAACUGGUGGACUGCUGGAAGCAGGCGAAAGCGACAGAAAAGGACAGGGUGUCGUGCUUCCUGGAGUACCUCGGUACUCUCAUGAGGAAUGUGUCACCUGAUGACCUCGACGACGUAGAGGACAAGGUGUUGCGUGUUGUGCGCAGCUUCCGAUAAGCAGUAUAGCUUUCCGGUCUGCGUUCAAUCUGGGCGCAUCAGGUGCUGUGUUAAUCUAGAUUUCAGCUUGCGUUGGGUUCAGGGUCGUCUGCGGCCUUAUGAUGUUGCGGUGCAGCGCAGUUGUACAUUUUUAGGAUGCAGUUUGUAGCAAUAGUACCGUAGUUAAUAGCUUGUACCUGAUUUCGUUGUCGAUCUCAUCAUGGAUCUCACCUGCACUUGCCGGCUGCAACUGGGUGCAGCAGGUGAGGUAGGCCGUGUGUCAUCUCAUUUAAUCUCGUGUUAUUGCAUGUGAACUCAGAGGUACUCGCUUUGGUCAUGAGGCUGUGACGAACCACCUUUCAUUGAAGUAAGAAUAAAUGUACGUUUUCUAAAA